UAUGGGUCUCUAUGUGUCUCUAUGGGUCUCUAUGGGUCUGCCCCACAGCUCUGGCGUCAGGGUAAAGGGGAUUUCUUCCUGGGCUGUUUGCUGCUGGCAGAGCUGAGCACUCCCUGUGUGUGCCUGAGCAAGGUGCUCAUCCUGCUAGGCCGCCAGCACACUGCCCUCCACCGCCUCAACGGCCUCACCCUCCUCAUCACCUUCCUCCUGUGCCGGGUCCUCCUCUUCCCCUACCUAUACUACACCUAUGGACGCCAUAGGGGCCUGCCCCUCCUCCGCGUGCCCGCCGCCCUGCCCCCCGCCACCAACAUGGCCGCCGCCGCCCUCCUGGCCCCACAGCUCUACUGGUUCGGCCUCAUCUGCAGGGGGGCUUGGAGGAUGAUGGGGGCGAGGACACACACGGAGCGAGGGGGGGAAAGCCCCAUAACGAGGCCCAUAGAGAGCCCCAAAGUGGGGCCCAUAGAGAGCCCUAUAAUGGGCCCCAUUGAGAGCCCCAAAGUGGGGCCCAUAGAGACCCCUAUAAUGGGCCCCAUUGAGAGCCCCAAAGUGGGACCCAUUGAGAGCCCCAUAACGAGGCCCAUAGAGAGCCCUAUAAUGGGCCCCAUUGAGAGCCCCAUAGGGAGCCCCAUAGUGGGACCCAUAGAGAGCCCCAGCCCGCAGCGCCACCCCCCCUGA